AUAUGAUAAGGCAAUGCUGAAAACACGCCGCUCGUUGAAAAUCAUGAAAAAGAGAAUUAAUUUGAAGUUGUAAAUCAAUUUUUGGAAUACUUCUGCGAUAGUAAUAUUCUCAAUUUUAUACCAUGGCUGCUCCGGCCGAGAAUAUGGACAGCGAUGUCAAAAAAGUACAUCGUAAACCUCGCGCAGGAAGAAAAGCCGAUAAAAAGAAUAAAAAUGAUCCUAACGCGCAGAACUUGACUGCCAGGCAACGCAACCCUAAAGCUUUCGCGAUCAAUUCGGCUGUUCGAGCGGAAAGGAAAUUCAGACGUCAUCAAGAUCUCGACACCAAGAAACAACACAUUCCUCUAAUUGAUCGCACUCCUCUCGAGCCACCUCCUAUUGUUGUUGCAAUCGUUGGUCCGCCGAAAGUUGGUAAAAGUACUUUGAUGAAAUGCCUGAUUAGAAACUUCACUCGACAACCUCUUUCUACCAUUAAAGGACCCGUGACCAUCGUUUCGGGUAAACGUAGAAGAAUAACGUUUAUCGAAUGUAAUAACGAUAUCAACAGUAUGAUUGAUAUUUCAAAAAUUGCUGAUCUGGUAUUUCUAAUGAUCGAUGGCUCUUUUGGUUUCGAAAUGGAAAUAUUCGAAUUCUUGAAUAUUUGUCAGGUGCACGGGAUGCCAAAAAUUAUGGGAAUCCUCACUCACUUGGACAUGUUCAAAAAUAACAAAACACUCAAACAUACCAAGAAGCUUUUAAAACAUCGGUUUUGGACCGAAGUUUACGCCGGUGCUAAACUUUUCUAUUUAUCUGGUAUCCUACGGGGAGAAUAUCUCCGAAACGAAAUCGAAAGACUGUCGAGGUUCAUUUCGGUCAUGAAGUUUCGUCCGUUGACUUGGCAAACAUCUCACUCGUACGUAGUUGUUGAUCGAAUGGAGGAUCUGACGUCUCAAGAAUUGAUUCGUCAAAAUCCUAAAUGCGAUCGAACUGUGAGUUUAUACGGAUAUGUACGGGGAAUACCUUUAAAUAAGAAUAACAGCGUUCAUAUACCAGGCUGCGGCGAUUCCAAAAUUUCCAAUAUUUGUUUUCUUCCUGAUCCUUGCCCUUUACCCGACAAAUUGAAGAAACGCGCGUUAGUGGAUAAAGAAAGAUUGAUUUACGCUCCAUUUUCCGGAGUCGGUGGUAUAGUUUACGAUAAAGACGCGGUGUACGUUGAACUGGGUGGAAGUCAUUCUCAUAAGAAGCUAACCAACGAAGAACGACCUGAACAAGAAUUUGUGUCUUCACUAGUUGAUACGAAACAAACGUUGGAUGCUAAACUGGAACAAAGCGAAGUACAGCUGUUUUCAAACGCCGAUGCCAUAGUUUCUCGUGAAUUCAAAGAUGAUGGAAACAAUGAAAAGUCUUUCGAAAACAUCGAACAAGAUGGAAGAACAAGACGAAAGGUAAUUUUUACCAAUGAAUCCGACGAUGACGAUGAAGACAGCUGUAGUGAAAAUGGUGCCGAUGAUGGCGAUAAUGAUGAUGAUGAAGGCGACGAUGACGAUGAAGAUGUGGAAGAAGAUGAAGACGAAUUAAAAGACACCGAAAGUGAUGAUGAAGACGAAACGAAAGAAAAUGAGAAAAUUGCCAAUACGAAUGAAGCUUUCAGAAGUCGAAAAUUUGCUUCCAAUGAUAACGAUGGCGACGACGACGACGACGACGACGAUGACGAAGAUGAUAUAAAGUGGAAAACUAACCUAUCGCAAAAAGCUUCCGAUGCGUUCGUAGCUAGGCAAAACACGUCCGCCAAUCUAUGGAGAUUGGUAUAUGAUUCUAAAGAAUUGAACAACGAAGAAGACGAUGACGAAGAUGAAGAAAGAGUCGAUGGACUGUUCAAGGUAGUCAGCGCAAAAAAGAAACAACUUCUCCAAGAAAAAGAUACCUUUAAUUCGGAAGACUGUAGUCGGUUUAUUAUUUCUUACGUUAGAAAUUGGUCGGAUGAGCGGGUUUGCGACACUAUCCGAGAUUAUUUCAUCACUGGUAAAUGGAAUAGUUCGGAAGAUGCUAACGAGUUACUGAAAUUGGACGAUGAAAAUAAUUCAAGUUCAGAAGACGAAUUAUUCGGAGAUUUUGAAGAUUUAGAAUCUGGUAGAAAAUUCUCAGGCGAAGAAACCAAGGCACCAGUUACCGAAAAACCAAAACGUGAACUCGACAAAGCUGAAUUGAUAGAAAGGAAACGUAGGCUUAAAGAAAAAUUCGACGCUGAAUACGACGAUAAAGACCCCGAUAAAGGAGGUUCUUAUUACGACGAAAUGAAACAAGAUGCUUCCAAGCAGGCCGAAUUGAAUAAAGUCGAAUUUGAAGGAUUAGACGAUGAAAUCCGUGUUCAACUGGAAGGUUAUAGGCCUGGAAUGUACGUGAGAAUGGAAUUAGAACGAUUACCUUGCGAAUUAGUCGUUCAUUUCGAUGCUUCUUAUCCGUUAAUUGUGGGUGGAUUACAAACGGGCGAAGAGAAUAUAGGAUAUGUAAAUACUCGCGUCAAAAAGCACAGAUGGUAUAACAAAAUUUUGAAAACCAAGGAUCCGAUCAUCGUUUCAUUGGGAUGGCGAAGAUUUCAAACGUUGCCUAUUUACUAUAAACUGGAAGAUAACUUUAGACAACGAAUGCUGAAAUACACGCCGGAACAUGUCACUUGUAUGGCCAACUUUUGGGGUCCGUUGACGAAGCCAGGGUCCGGUUUUCUUGCAAUUCAAGACGUAUCGACCAAACAAGAAGGCUUUCGUAUCAUCGCCACUGGAACAGUGGUAGAUGCCAAUCAAUCGGUGCAGAUUACUAAGAAAUUAAAAUUAGUCGGAGAACCUUUGAAAGUUUAUCGAAAAACUGCCUACAUCAAGAAUAUGUUCAGUUCGGCUUUAGAAGUUGCCAAGUUCGAAGGCGCCAAAAUAAAAACUGUAUCCGGUAUCAGGGGUCAAAUCAAACGAGCUUGUAGUAAACCUGAAGGAGUGUUCAGAGCUACCUUCGAAGACGCGAUCAAACUUAGCGAUAUCGUGUUCUGUCGUACUUGGUGUAAUGUGGAUGUUCCGAAAUUUUAUAAUCCUGUUACAUCGCUCUUAUGUCCGUCUGAUGAGAAAAACAAGUGGUUGUGUAUGAAAACCGCCGGACAGUUGAAACGAGAAAAUGGUGUAAAAGUAGAACCACAGAUAGAUUCGUUAUACUCGGACGUUCAUCGUAAGAAAAAAGUUUUCAAACAAAUUAAAAUUCCAAAACGUCUUCAAAGUCAGUUACCCUAUAAGUAUAAACCUAAAGCAGCGAAAGUUGGACCGAGUAGUGAUACGAAAAAUAGACUGGUGGUGGUUAGAGACGCACACGAUGUUAAGGUUUCGUCGUUAUUGAAAAUGGUUCGAACUAAUUAUCAAGAUAAGCAAGGAAAGCAAAGACGUGAAGUGAAAAAUCGUGCCAAAGAAUAUAAGAAAAGUAUUAAAAUUACCGAGCAAAUACGACAAAAGAAAGAAAAAGAACGCAGGAAAAAAGUAUUCAUAAAACAAACUAAACGAGAAAGCAGAAAGCAAGAAUGAAUCGUUUAAUUAUUUACGUAGAUUCAUUUUAUUGCUAUUUUUACGAGUAUGUUGAGAAAAUGAUGUAAUUGUUGCGAGUGGGAAAAUACGCGGUGCGAAAAUGCCGAGUUACCACGAUUGGUUUGCGUAAAACUGUAAGAAAUGCAACUUUUUUUAAAAUUUCAAUUUGUAUAAUCUCGGAAGUGUUUCCUUGUAAUACAUAGUUAUCUUAAAAUUGCUACAUAUUUAUUCUUUUUCUUCACGAGAACGAAAAUUUGACAUAAUUUGUCCCCAGUAACAACAUUACACAACUUUUUUGGCUCAUUUUUGGAGCAUGAAAAUGAAAAAAAUCUGACGCCGGAAAUGAAUUCGCUAUCUCAAAAAACUUCCAUACCCCAUUAUUCUCAAGUCAAUUGGCGACAAACAGUUUUUUUCCCAAAAAAAUGUAUAAACGUAGACGUACCCCUUUGGAUUUUUUUUUGAUUUUCAAAGAAAUCGAGUAAAGGGUCGUUUUCGACUAAUUUGAGCAAGCCGAGUCCGAAUCUGGUGUCCAUUUUAGUCGAAAGACGCUGCUUCAGUGUGAAAUUGCGACUAGUUCGCCGAAUACGAAUCGGAUCGCAAAACAAACGUCAUUUUCGGAUUCAGCGUGCUGAAAUUAGUGAGAAAACGCGAUUAAAAAUGCUAAAUUCGACAACUUUUUUUCGGGUCAUUUUUUAUGUCAAAAAAGGCUAUUUGCGAGAGAAUGGAGCGCUCUGGUGACAAUCUGACGCCGGCAAUGAAUUCGCCGUCCCAAUAAAUCCCCCGAACCAGAUUUUCAGCUCGAUUGAAUGCAACAAAAAGUUUUUUUUCCUCCAAAAAAAAUAAUGUAUGAACCAAAGGCCAAAACUAACCCCUUUACAUUUUUAGGAUUUUUUUGAUUUUCAAAAAGGUCGAGUAAAGGGUCGUUUUCGACCAAUUCGAGCUUGCCGAGUCCGAAUCUAUCGUCCAUUUGUGUCAAGGCCCGAGGGACACUUCUUCAGUGAGAAAUUUUGACCAUUUCGCCGAAUACGUAGAACUUUGAUUGCAAUAUCCAUAUCCUAUCCUUUCCUUUAUCGGCUUUGUCGGCUUUAACCUUUAUACUUACUAGUUAGUUACUAGUUACUCCCAUUAGCCCAAAGCCCAUUAGUCCCAUUCCUCAAUUCAAUUUGUCAAUUCUGAUUUAUGAUGAAUUGAUUGAUGAGUGAUGAACUACUGAUGACUGAUUACUGUUUGAGCAUCAGGCAUCAGCCAUCAGCUAAAAAUCUAAAAUUCUCAAAAGUCUGAUGUCAAAUCAAAUGUCAAAAUUAAAAAUCAAAAAUCUGAAAAAUCAAAUCAAAAUUGGUCUGUCCGUUCUUCAGCCCGGGACCUUCGGAACCGAAACCGUUACAAAAUAUCGGCUCUCACCGUAACCGUAACUGUAACCAUUUGAAACAGUGUUGAUAACUUUGCAAACAAUCUCAGCACUUUUUGAUUUCAAUUUCGAACAUGGCAAACUGGAAUUUUUUAUCACAUGUUGUUGUUGUUGAUGUGAUAAUGGAGACCGUAGAAUUUGAAUGAAUUUUCAAAAAACGAGAUCUGUGGUACAUUCUAGUGAAAUGUGAAUGUUGAAUUUUGUAAUUUUCAUAAGUUGUUCGCUCUAGUCGAUACUGUAGUAAAAGACCCAUGUUGUCUGGCAUGGCUAAUGCCGUCUUGAAGCAUUCGAUUAAAGUCCCCAGACUAUAUAAAUCUGCGGCAGUCGUAUUGACCCAAGUGAAGGCCGGCAAUAAUGUGAAAAGUGUAAUCGAUAAAAUUAAACACCCG